GCUGUGCCACCCGCGGGCCGCCGCGCGCGCGCACAGGGUGAUGGCGAAGCUGCUGCUGCUGCUGCCGCUGCUGCUGGUCGGAGCGCGGGGGGCGGUCGAGGUGCCCGCAGCCCCGCCGCUCUUCAACGUCAGCCUGGACGUGCCCCCCGCGCAGCGCUGGCUGCCCGUGCUGCGGCGCUACGACUUGGACUUCCUGCGCUCGGCGAUGGCGCACGUCGUGGGGGAGACCGUGCCCAAGUGGGUCCACACCGUGAUCCAGAAGGGGGUUGGGGAGCUGGAGCGCUUCCUGCCCCCGCAGUUCAUCGACGAGACCCGCGGCAUGUGCGACUUCCUGAACUUCAGCCUGGCGGACUGCCUGCUGGUCAACCUGGCCUACGAGUCCUCGGCAUUCUGCACCAGUAUAGUGGCUCAAGACUCCAAAGGUCACAUUUACCAUGGCCGAAAUUUGGAUUAUCCUUUUGGAGAUAUCUUACGCAACAUGACCUUGGAUGUGCAAUUUAUAAAGAAUGGGAAGGUUGCAUUCACGGGAACUACUUUCAUUGGCUACAUAGGAUUAUGGACCGGGCAGAGUCCACACAAGUUUACAAUUUCUGGCGAUGAACGAGACAAAGGCUGGUGGUGGGAGAAUAUGAUUGCCGCCCUUUUCCAGAGACACAGCCCGGUGAGCUGGCUUAUCCGCACGACCCUGAGUGAAUCAGAAGACUUUGAGGCCGCUGUUUACAGGCUGGCUAAGACUCCCCUCAUCGCCGAUGUUUACUACAUUGUGGGGGGCACGAACCCCCGCGAGGGAGUGGUCAUCACACGGAACAGAGGUGGCCCAGCAGACAUUUGGCCACUGGAUCCUCUAAAUGGCGCGUGGUUCCGAGUGGAGACGAACUAUGAUCACUGGAAUCCUGUGCCGAAGGAAGACGACCGAAGAACACCUGCCAACAAAGCCCUUAAUUCCACAGGCCAAGCGAACCUCAGUCUGGAGACCCUUUACCAGGUUUUGUCUGUGGUUCCAGUUUGUAACAACUUCACAAUUUAUACGACAGUCAUGAGCGCUGCCAACCCGGAGAAGUACAUGACCAGGAUCAGAAAUUUGGGUUAAACACGAACACGUAGGAGAAUAAAUUCACCCAUAUUUUGAAAGUUGCUAUUUUUAGAAAGUGACGUUCUUGAGGAGAGACUCUGAAUAAAGUGAAAGAACUCAGUGACUUUAUGAACAAACCUAGCUCCUUCCUCAUUAAACUUUGUAACCCGUGAAGCAUCCUGUGAAGGAAGAUCAGUGUGUUUUUUGGUAAAGUGAGUAACUGACAUCUGCCGUUCAAGUCCAGGUUUGCCUGAACCCUCUCUAAACUUCUGUCCUGACUUGAAUCACUCCAGAUCAUUGGACCAGGGUCAGAUCAAGCCUCGGGCCUUAACCCACAACUUCUUAUAUAACAGGAAGAGCUCUGUCACCGUACCUUAUCUUCUAAGGAAAUGAGUAGGUGAGAACAGUUUAUUGUCAAGUGCUUCCAGAAGAAGUCACAGAUGAAAAACGAUUCUCCUGAGAGAAAUGGAUGACUUUAAAUUGAAUGAAGUCUGUUUUGAAUGUUAAUUUGACCUUUGAUCAUCUAUGGACUUCCCACAUUUUGCAAUGUUUCUAUGUUGAAAACAACAAUAGCAGAAAAAAAAAAAACACUACUUGGUGUUGUGUUCUGCCUGCAUUCUUACCUUUGGAAUUCUGUGGAUCACAGAAGAAUAAAUAUGCCAGGAUUUACCUGGGUUGAUGAAGUUCAGAACAGCACUGCAAAAAAUGGCAUCUUGCACGAAGGAAUUUGAGACUGUGGAAGCAGGAAGAUCACUGUGGCUUCUCUCCUCCUUACUUCUUCUCUGAAACGGAUGGUGGCGACUCCCUCAUGUGAGAAGUGCCUCUCCUUUCCCCAGCAGAAAGGAGCAUCCUCCUUCUGAAGACAAAAGGAUAUGCAGAAAAAUCCCAACAGACCAACCUCAGAGGAUCUCCAGUAGACAGCACUUACCUCAUAGUCCACAGUCAUCAUUUUCUCUCACCACUUUCUACUCAUCCAACUUAUCAUCAUAGUCUCAGAUCUCACUGUCUUUUGGGCUUCAUUUCCUUAUGAAGUCUCCUGUAUCAGUCAGUCUUAGCUUGAAUAAAUUUAUAUGCUUUUCU